UUGAAAAUUUUUGACGGAUGUCUUGUAUAUUACGUAUGAUUUAAAUGUUGAAUCUACCGAGUUAAAUACAGCCAUUCCCAAGCAUAAUAUUGUAUCAUCUACCUAUUGCCCAAGACUAGGAGUGUUUCAAACCACAGUGAGAGGUCCAAACUUUGGCUAGAGGGUCAAUCAUAUAUAAACUCUUGAGAUUCGAAUCUAGUCAUCAGUUUGGAUCUUGUGAUCAAUCUAAGAACUACUAAAAUGGCUUUCAAGUUCGUCGCUUUCGCAGCCCUUUUGGCUAUCGCCAAUGCUGGAGUUUUACCAGUAGCUUAUCAAGCAGCUCCAGUUGCUCAUCUCCAAUACACCCAUGCUGCACCAGUUGCCAUUGCACACCCAGUGGUUAAAGCUGUAGAUACUGAAUACGACCCACACCCAGAAUACAACUUCUCUUACAACGUGCAAGAUUCUCUUACUGGAGAUUCCAAAACCCAAGAAGAAAGCCGUCAUGGAGAUGUUGUCAAAGGUAGCUACAGUCUCGUUGAAUCUGAUGGUACCCGACGAGUUGUCCACUACACUGCUGAUCCCGUCAAUGGAUUCAACGCUGUAGUUGAAAAACAAGCAGCCGUCGUCAAAACUGUUGCCACCCCAGUUGCAUACAAAGCUGCCGUUGCUGCUCCAGUAUACCAAGCUGCCACCGUUGCUCACACCUAUGCUGCCCCAGUUGCUCACUACACCCACCACCUUUAAGACUAAGAAUUCUGUUUUUAUAAAAGAAAUAUUUUUUUGAAAUGAAAUUUGAAACUUUAUACUGCUGUAAAUAGCUUGAAAGCACAUUAAACAAAUCUUACUGACGAAA